CCUCUCUCUACAUAUACACACACACACGUAUAUAUCUAUCUAUCUAUCUCUUUCUCUCUCUGUCUUUCUCCGCUGCCCGCCUGUCUAUACCGUUUUCCUUCCCUGUCCCUGUCGCGUCCUGCAACACAUCCCCGCCGAAAGAUGUUGGGCCUGGUUUGCCGUCAGGCAAAUUUGCUGGCGAGUACCCAAAAAGUCGGUACCAGAUGCCUGGGGUCGAUCGUGCCGGUGCCGAAUCCGCCGGACUUUCCGUUGGAGAAUGAACCCGUUUUCAGCUACAAGAAGGGCAGCCCGGAACGGGCGGAAUUGGAGAAGGUAUUGGACACAAUGGCCAACGAGUGCGAGGAGGUACCGCUGGUGAUUGGGAACGAAGAGAUCAAGACCGACCUGUGCAAGUUUCAAGUCAUGCCGCACAAUCACAAGUGCAAAAUCUCCAAGUACUAUUGGGCGACGCCAGAGCUGGUGAAGAAGGCGAUCGACGUCGCUGUGAAGGCGCAACGGGAGUGGGAGCGAUGGCCAGUUGAGAAGCGCUUGGAGAUGUGGCUGAGGAUAGCGGACCUCAUGGCGACCAAAUACCGGCAACACCUGAAUGCCUCGACCAUGCUCGGCCAGAGCAAGACCGUGAUCCAGGCGGAGAUCGACAGCGCGGCUGAACUGAUCGACUUUUUCAAGAUGCACGCGUACUUUGUGAAGGAGAGCCUCAAGUACCAGCCGAUCUCGCCGAAUCAGCAGAUCACCCUCAACUCGAUGAGGUAUCGCGGCAUGGACGGCUUCGUCGCGGCAGUGUCGCCAUUCAAUUUCACCGCCAUCGGCGGCAAUCUCAGCUACACGCCGGCUUUGAUGGGCAACGCCGUGCUGUGGAAGCCUUCCGACACCGCGUUGCUCUCCAACUGGUGGAUCUUCAAGAUUUGCCGGGAGGCUGGUGUGCCGCCCGGCGUGGUGAACUUCGUGCCCUGCGAGGGACCUGUGUUCGGCGACACCAUCACGUCCUCGUCUUACUUAGCCGGCAUCAACUUCACCGGCUCGGUGCCGACGUUCAAUCGUCUCUGGGCGCAGGUCGGCCAGAGUCUGGGCAAGUACAGGAAUUAUCCGAAAUUGAUCGGCGAAUGCGGCGGCAAGAAUUAUCAUUUCGUUCACUCGAGCGCCGACGUGGAGUCGGUGGUCUAUGCGACGAUCAGGAGCGCAUUCGAGUACAACGGACAAAAGUGCUCCGCUUGCAGCCGGUUGUACGCGCCAGAGUCUCUGUGGGGCAAGCUCAAGGAUGGCCUGUUAGGGCUCCGCCAGAAGCUCACAGUCGGUGACAUCCGUGACUUCACUGUGUUCACCGGCGCUGUGAUCGACGCUACCGCGUUCAAACGAAUCUCCGGUUACAUCGAUUACGCGAAGAAGUCGCCGAAGAUGGAGGUGAUCGGAGGCGGCGGCUAUGACAAUUCGCGCGGAUACUUCGUCGAGCCAACGAUCGUACAGAGCAAAGAUCCAAAGGAAAAGCUCAUGACGGAGGAGAUCUUCGGUCCGGUGCUGACGGUGUAUGUCUACAAGGACUCUGACCUGGACGAGACGAUGAAGCUGGUGGAGACAUCCACGCCGUACGCUUUGACCGGUGCGAUAUUCGCUCAAGACGAGAAGUGGUCGAGGAAGGCGCUCGAAGAUCUCAAGUACACUGCCGGCAACUUCUACGUGAACGACAAAUCCACCGGGUCUGUAGUCGGCCAGCAGCCGUUCGGCGGCAGUCGAAUGUCGGGCACAAACGAUAAGGCCGGUGGGCCACAUUACGCUCUCCGUUGGGCAUCUCCGCAGGCUAUCAAGGAGACCUUUGUGCCUUUACGGGAAUACGAUUAUCCGUACAUGAGAUCCCCGGUACUCGCACUUCUCCCGGUCUGCGUCAACGUAAACAUCGCGGCGCUCAGCGCUCGCCGAUCUCUUUCGUCGUUGCUUUCAUCGAGUUCUGAUCCUGUCGGCACGCUUAUCGCGACCGUAUCCUUCGUUUGUGAUAUCCCGCGACAAGCUCCUCCCGCUUCAAGCCACAGGAUGUUCAAGAAAUUUAAGGACAAACUCGCGGAGGAGAUGAAGCAAUCGCCCGCUAGGUUGCAGGCGAGUGUACAGCAAUUGGCGCAGGCUGUCGUGUCGCCGGCUCUGUCCAACAGCUCGAUUCAGGAGGUUUCGGCGUCGAAUGACAAUUUUAGUUUGACAGAGGAUGGAGAUGAAACGCCUAGGAACACUCCGGUGAAGCAUAGUUUCCAGAAUAUCGAUCUGAUGUCUCCGUCCGCUAACGCGACGGAGAUGUCCAGGAGAUCGUCGGUGAGCAGCAUCACCAGUGACGCAUCCUCAUUGUUCCCCAUGUACGAGAGUCCUUCUAACCUGUAUCACCUGCAGUCCGAUAUGGAUCAGUCAGCUAGCGAAGUAGACGACAAUAUCAGUCCGCAUCUGGACAGAGUCACCAAAGAUCAAUUGUAUUCGGCCUAUCGCAAGGUGCAAGCCAAAUAUCACAAGUAUCGCGGCAGGUAUACGGAUUUAGCGACGCAUUACCGUGAGCUGGACCGAGCGAAGACCAGAUUGGAGUCCGUGCUGGUCGAGACACAGGACAAGGUGCUGCGAAGGAUCACCGACCUGAAGGAGCAAUGUCAGCUGGAGCAGCAGGCGAAGGCGCACCUGGAAGAGGCGCUGAGAAACGACAUAGAGGAGAAGGACCACAUUAUAAACACGUUGAACACGAAGGUGAGACUGCUGCAAGGCGGUGGAUCAAUCCUGGAGAAUUCACCGUCGGAGGAGACGGCUGAGCAAAAGGAAAGCUCCAAGGAUAAUCUGAUCGACUUGAGCAACGACGCGCCCAACGAUGGUAGCAGCAGCGCGCUGCUGGCGGAGAACGUUCAGCUGAACGAUAGAAUGAAGAAGCUGGAGAGUCUUGUAUUAAGGUACAAAGAGUCCUUGAAGCGUAACAAAGACAAGUUCACCGAGGCGAUGAAGGAGAAGAACACGAUGGAGAGUGAGCACGAGUCGUUAAAGAACAGCACCACCGAGAGGAUAAGCGCGACGGAGGGCGAGCUAAGCGCGGCGCGAGCCGAGAUCGCAAGCCUGACAGAACAGGUGGACGCGUUGCAGAAACGCGAAGAGGAGUCCGCGAUCUCGUUGGCGGAGAACAAGCUGUCGGUGCACCGGGAGCUCGAGGAGAAAGAGGAGCAGAUCAAGCAACUGCGAAUCGAACUCAAGCACAUGGCGGAAGAGAAGGAGAGCCUCCUGCACGAGGCCGCCGUGGCGCGUUACAAGGCCGAGGGCUCGUCGGGCAAAUCGAGAUCGUCGCCGUACGUAGACUCGAAUUUGCUCGUGGAGAAAGUCACGAUCGCGCACGACGUUUCGAAGACCGAGAAGACCGAGAGCAAUGCGGCGAAGACUCUCGCGCAACAGGUAGCCGCAACGAGGCACCAUGAAGAGGUCGUUCACGGUAAGGAGGCCCCCUCGAGGGACGAAAAGACGUCGGAGGGGGCGACGCUCCGUUUGCGCGAGAGAGAAGCGGAACUCGAAGGCUUGCGUCGCGAGUUGCACGAGUGGGAGAAACAGAGCAUCGAGCAUAGACACGACAAGGAGACACUGCAGGCCGAGUUGUCGAACUGUAAACUAAGGUACUCGGAGCUGAAGAGCGAGUACGACGCGCAGAGGAUCGUUACGGAAGAGGGGCGAAAGGACGCCGACGCGACGAUCGAGAAGCUGCAGGCGACUGUGCAGAGCGUCGACAAAGAACUGGAAAACAUGAGAGGUGCGCUGAUCGAUCGGGAUCAGGUGUGCGAGAACUACAACAAGAAGGUGCAGCAGUACGCGGCUAUGCUGGAGAAAGCGAAGCACCGACUCGGCGAGCAAGAGACGCAGAUCAAGUCGCUGAAGAGCCGCGUGGACGAGCUCGCCGCGGCGCAGCAGGAGCUGGAGAGUAAGCGGGUGGAGUUAAACGCGGUACGGGACGAGCUCGAGCUCUGCCGGUCGACGAUCGAUGAUCUCGGCAACAAAGUCCAGGCAGAUAGCUCGGUGAUCAGUCUGCUGAAGAAAGAGCGGAGCGACUUGACGAACCGACUCGUUCAUUACAAGGACUGCGUGCAGCGUCUGAGGCAGGAUUGCGCGGAAGUGAAAGGAGUCGUGCGAGAGGAACUGUCGAGUCGGCGGGUCGAGUUGUCGCGUCUGAACGAGACUGUGGCAGCGACUCGUGUGAGGCUCGAAGAGGAAAAGGUGAGGAGGAGGAGGAGGUUGGAUCUCCAAACGGAGGUGGCGUCGCGUUUUCAUGCGCAAGACUCGUCGGAGCGGUCCAUCAUGUCCGAAGAGGCGCGACUACGCUCGGAAUUGGACAAGAUCGCGGGUCUCAAGUCCACCCUGGAGACGGUGCUGAAAGCGAGCAAGGAAGAGUCGACGGCGCGAAGCGACGAGCUGUCCGACACACUCGGCGCGUUGGUGAAGAAGCUGAUAGCCGAGAUGGAUAAUCUGCAGUUCAAGGUCUACGAUCUGGAGAAGGUCACGCGCGAGUUGACGGAGUCACGGCGAGAAACCGAGAGCUCGAGGGAUCGACUGACGGGGACGUUGGAGGAGUUCGAAUUGAGAUACAGGACGUUGUCGAGCGAAACGAACGAUCUUAGGAGAGAGCUCGCGCUGGCUCGUCGCGCCGCCGACGAGGUGGAUGCAUUGGGCGCGAAACUGCACGAGGCGAACGAUCUCGCGAAGCGGUUGAGGUCGCAGAGCAGCGAUCGAGAGGCGCAGCACGAGGAGGAGCUGCGCGCCUCACGAGCGGAGGUCGCUCGCUCUCAAGGCGCCCUGAGCGCGAAGGAUCGCGAGAUCAAGAGACGCGACGAGAGAAUCGCGCAGCAAGAACAGCAGCUGGCGCAUCUGAUCUCGACCGGCGACAGUCGUGUACAGGCGAUCGAGGAGCACGCGAGGAAGUAUUCGGAUCUCGAGAGGGAGUACGAAGCGACGAGGGAGAGCCACGCGAAGGAAAUGGCCGAGCUGACGGAGAACAACAAGGAGCUGCAGAAGACGCUCGGCUUGAAGUCCGCGCAGCUGAAGAAGCUGAUGACGCAGAAGGAGCAGAAAGGCAAGAUCAUCGAGGAGAUGAACGCGGAGCUGUGCGAGCUGAGGGCCAAGCGAACAGAGUUGUCCGACAUGUUGUCGACCGCCGAAAGGCAAAUCGAGUCUCUGAAGUCGGAGAAUUCGCAGCUCGCGACCAUCACUCUGGAGAACAAGGAUCUCAAGGACAAGCAUAAUAACCUGCUGAGCCAGAACCGGAAGCUACGUGAGAAUGAGGCGGCGAUGAAGCAGAAGAUGGACAGUUGCGAGAAGGAGAGGGAGGAGUCGCGCAAAGAGACGGAGUCGUUCAAGUCCGAAGCGAACGUUCUCAGGGAGGAGACGGAACGUCUGAGCGGUCAAUUGACGACGGUGAGCGCGCAGCUGGAGGCGAGGAACGCGGAGUCGAGUCAGUCGAACGAGAGAUUGACGAUAGCGGAGGGAGAGCUGAAGGAGACGAAAGAGAGGCUCGAGGAGCGAAGCGCCGAGCUGGCGAGCAAGAUCUCGGAGCUGGACGCUGUUGGGGAGAGCGGUAAGACAUUGAAGGAAGAGAACGAGCGACUGCUCGCGCAGCUGAAGUCGCUGAAGGACGAAGGCUGCAGGAUCCAGAAGUUGGAGGGUGAGAACGCACAGUUGCGCUCGCAGCUCGGUGAACUGACGCGUAUGAGCGUCGAAGCGGAGGCAAUUCGCGCCGAAAAUGACAAGCUAGCGGCCGAGCGGGCGAUCCUGCGAGAGAAGAUGGUCAUCGAGAUGGAAGGUCUGAAGAGCGGCAAAGCGGAGCUACAGUCCAGGGUAUCCGGAUGGGAGGCUCUGAGCGCGGAGAACGAGCGGCUGCGCGCGGAGCUCGUGGACGCUCAGCGUUCGGCGAGCUACAAUUCGUCCAUGGAAUUGAGCGCCCUGAAGGACUCACUGUCGCGGAAAGAGUCGGAGAUGAAGUCUCUGGAGCGGAAAAACUCGGACAUGUCGCGCGAGAUGACGGCUCUCAGGCUCCGCUCAGGCUGCGCGGAUACGUCGAAAGGGGAGACGAUCGAAUCGCAGUCGGAGACCGUGUCUCUCGCCACGUCGCGGAAGGCCCUGGGGAACAUGCGCGGCGACACGGACAGCAACGACAAGCUGCGCGAAGAGAAGGAGAGACUGGAGGCUCAUCUCGACGAGGCGCUGAUCACGUUCCAGGCGAAGGAGACGCAGAUGCAGCUGGCGAACAACGAGCUGAGGGAGCAAGUCGGUCAGUUGAAGGAGCAGGCGAGGACCAACGAGGAGGAGCAGAGUAUGAGGCUGAAGCAGCUGGUGAAGGAGUUUCAGGCGCAGUUGCAGGACAAAGAGGAGGAGCUGCAGGCUGCGUUGGAGAAACGUUUCGAUCGCCUGCACAAUUACGAGUCAGACCUCGUGCAGCAAUACAAGGAGCAGCUGAAAGAUUUCCAAGGAGAACUCGCGGAGAAAUCCGAACAGAUCGAGAGCCUGGUGCUUGAGAAGAAGGACGCGGUGGCCGAGAAGGGGAAAGACAUCGAUCGUCUGAUGGAGACAAUCGCGCAGAUGAAGAAGGAGCAUGCCGUCGAGGUUCGAGAGGUGGAGAGGAAAUGGAAGGCUAUAGUGCAACAGAAAAUCGACAAUUUGCAGGCGAAACACGAAGAGGAAUUGAACGAGUUGACGAAGGAAUGGCAGAACGAGAGGAAGCCCGAUGUACAGACUGAAACUGCUAUUGAGGAGUUGGAGAGUACGUCGCGCGUGGCGAUGGCUGCGAUACAAACGAACACUGGUUCGAUUCAUACGAUGCAGCAGACCCUAACGUCGCAGCGACGGGAGAUUGCGGAGCUUAGGAAGUUGGUAAAGUUGCGACACGACACUUUGGAGGAUUCGACGGAGAUUGAGUACUUGAGGAACAUUUUGUUUGAAUAUAUGAUGGGACGGGAGACUAUGGUGCUCGCUCGAGUGAUAGCGGCUGUCGUGAAAUUUGAUCAGGAGCAAACGUCGAAGAUAAUGAAGAAGGAAGAGGAUAAGCUGACUUUGUUCGGUUCUCUGGGUCUCACGUAAUUCGAAAAGAGAUAUAAGAUUUGGUUGAAAUGUUUUGUAGACAGAUAGGUAGAUGGAUGGAGAGCAAGAGAGAGAGAGAGAGGGAGAGAGAGAGAGAAAGAGGGGGAGAGAGAGA